AUGCCUGGUGGACGCAGAAACCCCGUCAGUUUCAGCAGCAUCGUAGACCAAAUCCAUGGAGCUGUAGAAAAAGCGAAGGCCAACGCUCACGAUGUAACGAGCCUCACCAAGGGCUUCGCUGAGCACAACAUCCGUUUCGUCGACCUCGAAAUUCAGUUUAUCGGUGCUUCCGGCAUACCCAAGAUGGAUGUCGUUGGCUCAGCGGAUCCAUAUUUCAUCGCCAAGAUCGACGAUAAGAUAUCAUUUGUGCACAUCAACACACUGACCCCUGUGUGGAAUGAAGUGUGGCGCGUCAAGAACGUACCGUUCUUAGCAGACCUGGAGGUAGAGCUACUAGACAAAGAUGACGGCGCCCCUCACGAUGACUACAUUGGCAAAUUUAAGACGACAAUCCGUCCCGGGGCGAAGGAAAUUGACAGUACGCCUUCAACCCAUCCUCAACCUCACAUCCACCCCUAUGUAUUCGACGGUCCCAUACGCUAUUCCAGACACUCUUCUCCUACAGUCGGUCUCUUGACGAACUUGAACGACGCCCGAUUGUAUUCCACCUGGAAAAUGUAUAUUCGCGAUGUGCAAAUCUUCCUUGAUGCUCACGAACUUCAGCACUGGAACCGAAACUACAAGGCGGCGCAGAACAUAUUCCAAGGCCCCACUUCCAUCGCCGUGCGUUCAGGAAUACAAGCCGGACACCGCAUGCUUUACGCUCGGAGUACAAGAAACGGGUUCGGCAUCGUUGGCUCGCAUGAAGAACUAUUCAAGAUAUUCAAAGGGAAUCGCCCCGGCGAGACAGAUGAGUCGACACAGCGAAUCAAGCCAGCUGUGUACACCUAUAUCCUUUCAAAGGAGGAUGAUUCUUUCCGAUUCUCGGAGACGGGCGCUGCUUUCUUCGUUGACUUCGCUUCGAAGCACGCAUUGCACGCCAACUGCGCCGAGGCAGUGAGGUAUAGCGGCGAAUUCCAUCUACGGCCCGAAUGUGGGUGGGAGGCGUUCUCGGACGAUACUCCGGACGAGAACGUGCAAUGGGAACUGGUUGUGGACAACAAUAGCGGGACGUACGCCCCCGAUCCUAUGAUACUUCCUGACCUCAAAGCUUUGCUUGAGUACAACUUCAAAGAGUACGGCCUCAAUGUCAUUGCCUACAACCAAGCGGACCCGGACUUAAAGCAGAGCAGGGAGGCUUGUCGAGCGUAUGCUUUGGAGCAUAGAGGAGUGAGGCAGGAAGAACUAGAACCACACGCUGGCGACGGCGAGGUCACCUUGAGUGCCCAAGCCAGUGUCUUUGGGAGUGGCGCUAAGUGA